AAACGGGAGAAACUCAACAUAUUACUAUUAUUGAUCUUCCCAUUUUGCUCACACUUGCUUGUCUCUUCCUAAACAAGCCAAAAAUAUACUCCCUGUCCUUGUCCUGAAGACAGUUAGGGGAAGAAAAAUAGGAUUCACAGAGAAAUUUCCAAAUCAAAUAAUUCAUUCCUAUUAUUUUCUUAACAUAAAAGAGGAAAAGAAUAGAGAUAAAUUUUUUACCUUUGUGAGUGAGUGGGAAGCCAAGAGGGAUUUAAGUGUUAGCUUAGCUUCCUUGUUGUUCACUGUUAUUCUUUAGCCUAAUUGGUUCAGCAAACACAGAAGAGGAAAAAGGGGGGCAAAUUCUUGGUGAUGCAAUCAGCCAAUUAAUCCACCUUUUGUUUUUAUUUUAUCUUUAAAAUAGAUUUUUUAAGGAUGGUUAAGCUGUGCUUUUUUGGUGCUAACUGUGGCCAGUGCGUAGGUGGAGAGUCGUCUUCUAGUUCUGGUAGAGGAAGAAGCCACGAGGGCAAUACUAAGUAUGGUUUCAGCCUAGUGAAAGGGAAGGCUGAUCAUCGGAUGGAAGAUUACCAUGUCGCUAAAUUUGUACAGAUAGAAGGACACGAGCUUGGCUUAUUUGCUAUUUAUGAUGGUCAUUUGGGGGAUGAGGUUCCUUCUUAUCUGCAGAAACAUCUGUUUGCCAAUAUCUUAAAGGAGGAUGAGUUUUGGGUUGAUCCACGCAGAGCAAUCACAAAAGCCUACGAAAAAACUGACCAGGCAAUACUUUCGAAUAAUUCUAAUUUGGGCCGAGGUGGGUCCACUGCUGUCACCGCUAUUCUGAUAAAUAGCCUAAGAUUGUGGGUAGCUAAUGUGGGAGAUUCACGAGCUGUUCUUUCUCGGGGUGGUCAAGCUAUUCAGAUGACAAUAGAACAUGAGCCAAAUACAGAACGAGCCAGCAUUGAGGACAGAGGAGGUUUUGUCUCAAAUAUGCCAGGGGAUGUUGCAAGAGUGAAUGGUCAGCUGGCUGUUUCUCGUGCUUUUGGAGAUAAGAGUCUUAAAUCACAUUUGCGAUCAGAUCCUGAUAUUCUAGAUAUCUACGUUGAUGUCAAUUGUGAUGUUCUUAUCCUUGCAAGUGAUGGUCUUUGGAAGGUGAUGUCUAAUCAAGAGGCAGUCGAUAUAGCUAGAAGUGUUAAAGAUCCCCAGAAAGCAGCCAAGCAAUUAACAGCUGAAGCAUUGAAGAGAGACAGCAAAGAUGACAUAUCUUGUGUCGUCGUCAGAUUUAGGUGAUAAGCUUCUCAUACCAUAUGUUCCUAGUUUCGGAGAAACAAGUGUGUUUUCUAUGCAGUGUAAUGUGGAAAUGUACAAAGGGUAUUGAAUUUGUGACAGCUUGAGUAAAACCAUAAAACAUAAAGAAAGGGCAUAGGUUGUUUGAACUUUCUGAAACGACAUUUACAUCGUAUGAUAUAUUUGUCCAAGUUAAAAGUAUACAGCUAUGCUAUUGCUAGCAGACCCUGUGAAGUACAAUAAUUUUUUAACUUCAUUAGACCAUAUUGGUCUCUGGGUUUGUA